AAAACCAGUGGAUUAAAAUUAAAUAUAAUUUUCCUGCUAAGAAAUUGCAAUCUUCUCCCUUAUGUACCCACUAUUUCAUUAUAAAGUAGACUUUGAUUUUAUUUCCUUAACGUUAUCUUGUCUACUUCAUGGCCACUGCCUUCAUUUGGAUUCUCAUUCACGUUCAUUUCCUCACUGACCCUCGCUACCUCCCUUCUUGCCCCUUAGGAAUCUUCUGCCAGAGUCCUCUCUUGUGGAGGUAGUAGGUCUUUGGCUCCUCCUUGUCUGAGAAAAAAAGUCCAAAUCUACAGAGUGUCAUUUGGAUCCUGCUGACCUACCCAAGCUUUUUUCCACCCUUAUCACUUGUCAUUUCCCUAGAGAGCAGUUUAUUCAUUUCUUAGCUGAGAUGAAGGAUCAGGAAAGAAAUAUUGGAGGCUUGAAGAGAAAGGUAAAGAGGCAUACAGAGUGGUUUGGGAGAAAGGGAGAGUAUUGCACUAGGGAAAUGAAGUUUGAUUGCUAGGCAGCAUUUAAGGUCUACUGAGAUAGGUGAUUAUGGAUUUAAAAUGAGGUUAGCUAGCAUGUGGCUGCAGGAAUACAGGUGUGGAGAAGGUGGAGUCUUGCAUUCUGCCAGGGCCUGACUAAGACAUUCCACUUCUCAUCUCUGCUUCUGCAUAAUUGCUAUGGCCUCCAUCUGAAACACAUUCCUUCUCUUCUUUGCCUGGCAAAAUCUUCUUUUAUGACCCUGAUUGAUAAUUUUCUCCUUUUUCCAGACAUCCUCUCUUGACCCUCAUGAUUCUUGGUCAUCUCCCUCCGUUUUAUCCCCAUUUUUCCAUGCCAUGAAAGGUAUCUGUUCAUACCUAUCUCCGCUAGACAGUGCACUCAGCGAAGGCAGGGAGGUGAUGUUUUGAAAUCUCAGUUUAUAACAUGGUGCCUGGCACACAGUAGACACACAUAAUAAUAUAUGCUAGAUAAAUGAAUAUAAGAUUUCUCUGUAAAGUAUUGAGAAUCUACACCUGCUGUUUGAGGUUCAAGAUGAAUUCUACUUAGUAAAAUAUGACAUAAAAACUGUAUUGCUUUAAUUUCUAUUCUGAUAUACCCUUAUCAAAUAUCCAAGUUAAUAAGAUCUUUCCAUAUAUACAUACAUAUGUACAUGAAAAUGGAAGAAAGUUAAAAAGACCAAAGAAUAUACAUAAACAUUAAAUAUCUAGGAUAACACACUUCAUAGAGCCCUGCACAGUGCAUGGAGUUUAUCUGUUCUUUUUCACUUAGGCCUUCUUGCCUAGUAGGAAACAGUUACAAUCCUAAGAAGCAUCUGAGUCAGCAUUGAGCACAUUAAUAUUUUCAUAUUGAACACAUCUAUAUUUUCAAGUUGCACUGAAGUUAUGAGUAUAAAAAUGUAGUUUUGAAAGGUUUUCCUCAACCAUGUGGAAACAUAUAGAGAUUUUAACUGCUGAAACAAUUUCAAAUAGUUUACAAAUCAAUAAAAGCCAGACAGAAAUUAAAGUGUACCUUUUUUCCUGAGGUUAGUAUCUUAGUCUGUUUGUGCUGCUACAACAAAGCACCACAAACUGUGUGGUUUAUAUACAAUAGAAAUUUAUUUCUCACUGUUUUUAAGGCUGGAAAACCCAACAUCAAGGUAUGGGAAGAUUGGUCUCUGGUGAGGACCUACUUCCUGGUUUCCAGAUGGCACCUGAUCCCUGUGACCUCACAUGGUGGAAGGGAGUUGCAGGCUCUCUGACAUCUCUUUUAUAAGGGCACUAACCCCAAUCAUGUUCUCAUGAUCCAGUCACUUUCUAAAGGUCUGACCUCUUAAUUCCAUCACCUUGGGGGUUAAGAUUUCAACAUACAAAUUUUGGGGGAAUUCAGACAUUCAGAUUACAGCAGUAAGUGAUUUCACAGUUUUCCUUAGGAGUGAGGAGACUUGAGUUCUGGUUGUGAUGUGUCACUAAAGGUCUGUGGUGUCAGACAAUCUGCCCCACCUCUCUAAGCUUUAGUUUCCCCCAUGUAUAAAACAUGAGAUUUGGUCUAAAUUAUUACCAAGGUCAUUUUGAAUCAUCUGUGAUUCUGGAAAGUUAUGAAACACAGCCUGUAACCAUGGUGAGGAAAGUUGAUUGGUGGCUCCAGAAAUAGACUUAUUUUCUCCUUCUGUGUAACACUGAUGCUCUCCCAUUGAAUCACUCUCUGGAUGUUGCCUAAAUAAACCAAUUUCUUGAUUUUUUCCCCUUAAUGCUAAGUGCUUAAAAGUGAAUGAAAUAUUGUCUUAAAUACCACACAAACGAGCUGUUGCUUUAAAUAUAGAUCUGGAUUAUUGUGCUGGUUUUCAUUCCUGUUGUAGGUAUUCAAAAAGCAGAAGGUUGUGAUGUGGUAAAUUUAGAAACUAUUUCACAUCAGUUCCUGCUGUCUUUUGUGUUUGUGUGAGAACCCUAUUCAAAAUAUAUCUUAUUUAUUCUUCCCUUAAAAUAUGCUUCACUUCAUUUUUGCCUUUCUGCUGGCAACGAGUCCAGAUCUAUAAGUACUUACAGGUUUUGUCAAAAUCCUUAUGCUGACAGUUACAGUCGUUCUCUCUGAUCUACAGAGAACACAUUCCAAGGCUCCUAGUGGAUGCCUGAUACCGUGGAUAGUACUGAAGCCCAUAUAUGCUAUAUAUUAUUCCUGUGUAUGCAUACAUAUGAUAAAGUUUAAUUUACAAAUUAGGCACAGUAAAAGAUUAACAACAACAACUAAUAAAAUAGAACUGGUAUAACAAUAUGCCGGCAUCACUACUCUUAUGCUUUGGGGCCAUUAAGUAAAAUAAGGGUUAGUUGAACACAAGCACUGUGAUGCUGUGACAGUCAGUCUGAUAACUGAGAUGGCUACUAAGUGACUAAGAAUGGUGACACAGACAGCGUUGCUACGCUGGACAAAGGGAUGAUUCACGACAGAGAGGGACCGCAUGAGAUAUCAUCACACUACUCAGAUGGCACACAAUUUAAAACUUGUGAAUUGUUUAUUUCUGGAACUUUCCAUUUAAUAUUUUUGGACUGAGGUUGACCAUGGGUAACUGAGACCACAGAAAGCAAACCCCAGAUAAGAAGGCAGUACUGCACUUUUUCCUACUAACAUAUAGAUAAUCUAGUCAGACACCAUUGUGUUUUACCCCAUAAGCUUUCUGGUUUCUCGGUGUGUGUUAUCAUAAGCUUGUCCUCAGUACAGUGAUGUCGUAUGUAGCCCUCUGAGAAUCACUCUGAUUGCAAGAUCUUUGGCCAUACUUCUUUGGGAUUGCCCCUGUCCAGAACACUCCACCCAAAAUGAGACAUUUUGACCCAGUUGGGACAAGAACAAGGCUGGUAGGCAAAGUCUCACUGUCUGUGAGCAUUCGUGUUGGUUCCAGCCCUUUGAAGUAGAGAAUCAGCUUAUUAAGUGAAUAUUGUAAAUGCUUAAAGGAAUAACAGAAGUUUAAUUUUCACUCUCUCCUGUAAUAAUCUUUAUCCAAAGUAUCACAUCACUGGUGAGCUGUGAGAUUAGACAAGUUACCUACCCUCUCUGAGCCUCAGGUUCCUCCUCUAUAAAGUGUGAAUUUUAUUUCUAAAGUGCUUUUGGCUCCAAAAUUCUUUUUUUUCUUUAUAGUUUUGUCAUCCUCUUUCCAGCCUUAAACUUGCUGAAGGCAAUUAGUGGUCUUAAACUUGAGCAAGUCUCACUCAUUUCUGAUAGUACUUCCUUAAACAAAAAUGGUUCAGUUUUCCAUCCCAGAGGCAUUUGUAGAAUUUUUUUAAAAAAGUAUUUAUGACUAUUUUAGUUUAUUUUCCUAUACAUUUGAGACAAGAUUAACUCAACAACUCAAUUUGUUUUGCUUGUAUACCUGGAUAAUAGUAUAAAAAUUAAGUGUUCUUAUUUUCAUAAAAACAAUAAUUAAAUACAUUGCUAUGAGUCUUCAUUAAUAAGAACUAAGCUAGUCAGAUGCUAUUGACCACAGCCAUGGGAAAAUAUUAAGAAAGCAAUUUUUUGAUAUUUAUCCAUCUUCCUCAUCAUCAGUUAAGAAUCUUUAUUCUAAUUAGCAUGUUCAAACUGUUGAAAGUAAAAAUAACUCUAUGGAAGGGUAAGUUCAUUUAUUUAUUCAAGAAAUACCUAUUGAGUGCCUACCAGAUAGUCUUUGGAAUAUCAAUAAACAAAACAAUGAUUCUUGACCUAAUGGAGUCUGUUUUCUAUCAGGAGAAGACAGACAAUGAAACAGGCAUAGUAAAUAUUUAUUAUAUGGUUUGUCAUAAAGUGGUAAGAGCAGUGGUGGAAAAACUUAAAAAAUAGAGCAGAGAAAGGAGAAAUCAAAAGUGGGUAGGAAGUAGGGAGCUGGGCUGUGGUAUAAAUACCAUGGUCAGGAAAGGAGAUGUGGUAGACAGAGUGACCCCUAAAAGUCCAUACCUUAAUCCUUGGGACUUGUAAAUAUUUAGGUUAAAUUACAUGGCAAAGGGGACUUUCCAGCUCUAAUUAUGGUUACAAAUAUUAAAAUAUAGAGGUUAACCUGGAUUAUCUGGGUGGCCCAAUCUAAUCAAUGAGCCCUUGAAAGUCGAGAAAUUAUACUGGCUAGAGUUGGAGAGAUGUGGCAGCAGUUGGAGUGAUCCGAAAUGUGAGACUCCACCCACCCAUGCUGAGGGUGCGUGGCAAACGCAAGAAGGAAGGCAUGUAGCCUUGAAGAGCAAAGAACGGCCUCCAGGGAAAUGGGGCAUCAGUCCUGCAGCUGCAAGAAACUGAAUCCCACCAAAGACCCAAAGGAGCUUGGAAGGAGAUCCAUCGCUAGAGCCUCCAAAAGGAAUACAUCCCUGCUGGCACUUUGAUUCUGGUCUUGUGAGACUAAGCAGAGGACCCAGCUGAGCCAAAUUAUACCUAGACUUCUAACCUACACAACUGUGGGAUGCUAAGUGGGUAUUGUCUUUAAGCUACUUUAUUUGUGAUAAUUUGUCAUGGCAGCAAUAGAAAACUAAAAGGGAUGGGGGGUGGGACAUUAAGCUGAUAGUGGAGUAAGAAUGUGUUCUAGACAGAAAGAAUAGCGAGAGCCAAGUCCUAAGGGGAGGUACACCUGAGUGUUUGAGGGGUGGUGAGGGGUAGCUGGAGGGGAGAGAGCAGGGAGAUGAGUAGGAGAUAGGGUCAGAUAGGCCCUCCACCCUGGGUGGAGGGUGGAGACCAUGAAGGGCUUUGGCUUUUGUUCCGAGUGAGCCAGGAAGUCACUGCAGCAUUUUGAUCAGAGAAGCAAUAUUAUUUGACAUAAUUUUUAAAAGGAUCAUGCUUAAACUGGCUGAAGGCUGCUCAGAAAAUAGACUCUAGUAGACUGUAAAGAGGAAGGGGAGAAGCAGGGAUACCAGUUAGGAAGUGAUAGCAAGAAUCCUAAUACGUGAUGACUCAGACCAGCAGUAGUGGAGAUGGUGAGAAGUGAUCAGAUUCUAGAUAUGUGUUAAAGACAAAGUCCAUUUCUUUGUGACUUAGAUUCAGGAUGUAAGAGGGAGAGGAGUUAAGGAUGAUUCCUUGGGUUCAGGCCUGAAUAGCUAGAAAAAUGGAGUUGUUAUCAACCAAGAUGCAGAAAACUUUGGGUGGAGAGAUCUGUGGUGGAGGGAGAAUUGGAAGUCAGCUUGGACAUACUGAGUGUGCCAUGUCUGUUAAACAUCCAGUUGAAGAUGCAGAGUGUAGUAGGCAGAAUAAUGACCCAUAAAGAUGUUCAUAGCCUAAUCCCCAGAACCUGUGAAUAUGUCACUUUUGGUAGCCAGAGGGACAUUGUGAUUGUGAUGCUUAAAGUUAACAACUUUGAGAUGGAGAGAUGAUCCUGGAUUAUCUGGUGGGCCCAACCUAGUCACACAAGUCCUUAGAAGUAGAGUCUUUCCCAUGGUGGUCAAAGGCCAAGGUGACUAUGGGAGAAUGGCCAGAGAGAUGCAACGUUGCUGGAUUUGAAGAUGGGGGAAGGGGGCCACUGGCCAAGGAAAGUGGCCGGCUGCUAGAAGGUGGAAAUGGCAAGGAAACAAAUUCUCCCCUAUAACCUCAAGAAGGGAACACAACCCUGCAAACCCCUUGAUUUCUACCCAGGGAGAUGGAUAUCUGACCUGCAGAGCGAUAAGAUAAUACAUUUGUGUUGUUUUCAGCCAUUAAGUCUGUCAUAAUUUGUUACCACAGGAAUAUGAAAUGAAUACACAGAGUAAGCAGUUGGAUAUGAGACUGGAGGUGAGGAGAAAAAGGUCUCAAAUUCAAAAGCGUAGAGAUGGUCUAAAGCCACAGACUGAAUGAGAUCACCAAGAGCAUGAGUAGAGAUAGAGAAGAGAAGAGGAUCAAGACAUGGGAAAGCAGAACCACCAAAAGGAGUGAUGAUCAACGAUCUCCUGAUAAAUCUGGAUGCUAAUUCUCAUGCCUCAGGACAUCCUACUGGGAACGACGUACUAGCUCCUGGGAUCAGACUUUCAUCUACUUAGGACCCCUCUUUGCCCGAACUCAUAAAGCCAGACUUCACUAGCCACGAAUGGCUACCCAAAGGAAACACUUGGUGAAAGAUUUUAAUCCUUACAUUACCUGCUAUAUCUGUAAAGGGUAUCUGAUCAAGCCAACAACAGUGACGGAAUGCCUCCAUACAUUCUGUAAGACUUGUAUUGUUCAGCACUUUGAAGAUAGCAAUGAUUGCCCAAGGUGUGGCAACCAAGUUCAUGAGACAAAUCCAUUAGAAAUGUUGAGGUUGGACAAUACAUUAGAGGAAAUUAUAUUUAAGCUGGUCCCUGGACUACGAGAACAAGAACUUGAGCGCGAAUCUGAAUUUUGGAAGAAAAAUAAGCCUCAAGAAAAUGGACAAGAUGAUACUUCAAAAGCUGACAAACCGAAAGUAGAUGAAGAAGGUGAUGAAAAUGAAGAUGAUAAAGAUUAUCACAGAAGUGACCCACAAAUUGCUAUCUGUCUAGAUUGUUUACGAAAUAAUGGGCAAUCAGGGGACAAUGUAGUAAAGGGUUUAAUGAAGAAAUUCAUUCGAUGUUCUACACGUGUAACUGUGGGAACUAUUAAAAAAUUUCUAAGUUUAAAACUAAAACUUCCAAGUUCUUAUGAGUUGGAUGUGCUGUGCAAUGGUGAAAUUAUGGGGAAGGAUCAUACUAUGGAAUUCAUCUACAUGACAAGAUGGCGACUAAGAGGCGAAAACUUUCGGUGUCUGAACUGCUCAGCUUCGCAAGUCUGCUCUCAGGAUGGCCCUUUGUAUCAGUCAUACCCUAUGGUAUUGCAGUAUCGACCAAGAAUUGAUUUUGGUUAGAUGAAGGGGCCCAGACCUCACUGAGAUGAAUCCUGCACUAUUUGUUUACUCGUCAACAGAUUGCACAGUUAACGGUGUGUGGACUAGAGGAACACAACCAGAUUUUCAGCAUGCAAAUAAGGCCAUUGUCUAUCUCUCAAUUGUCAGUUGCAUUCAUGUUGUUUCUAUUAGGAGCAAACCAAGUGCCAUUCUGCUACUGAACCAUCUGCAUAAGGUAUUUGUGUUGUCUCAAAGUGUGCAAGUCAUGGUUAAAAUCAGUUAGGUGUGCCGCCAUGAUUCAACCUUCUGAAUAUUUUGCUUGCCUGUUCCAAGAUUGUUCUAAUGUUUAAUUACACUAGUAAAAUGGCUCAAUUUUUGUGGUGUUGCAGUUUUCACAUACUUACUAUUUUAUUCUUGUUUAAAUAGCGUACUGUACAAGAAACUAAUAAUUAUAUCUUGAAAUUAUUUUGUAUGGAAAUAUAUUUAGAAAAGUGGUUUUUGAGCCACUGUCUUGUUCUUGGUAAGCUUUUUGUGUGAAAAAGUUCAUUCUUGAGUGUGCAAGUCCUUUUGCCAAGAAUUCCAGUUAUUCUGUAACAUUAGAGCACAACAUAAUUGUAGACAUUCUAAGCAUCUGUCCGUGUAGUCUACCAAUUGCACAAGGAAGGCAUGUUAGCCCUCCAGACUGAAAAUGUAUGUGACCUCUUGAACUGAAGUUAGAUUCCCAACCAUUCAAAAUGUUGGCAGCUGAUCACAUUUACUUUUGAUAAAAUUAAUGUGUAAGUAAGGUUAAUCUUCUUUCAUAAUGCCUUAUGACAAGCAGGUGCUGCUUCAUGGAAAUGUCAUUGUAUAGCCCAUUUCAUGUAUCAUUACAUUGUUGCUGUCAUUUAAUGAGUGCAUUAUUUCUCUUUUUAAGUUGGCCUUAGGUAUAUGUCAUUGUGGCAUGCAGAGGGUUAUGAUGAUUUUAAAUAUUAGGAUGUUUAGAGCACAUAACAUUAGCUAUUUUAUGGAUUUCAAAAGUCUCAAAACAGUUGUAGAUUAAAACUGUUAGUUACCUUUCACAUUUCCAAACUAUGUGCAUAAAAUAGAAUAAAUGCAGUAUAGAACUAUGCUAACCAAAAUUAAUAGGUUAAGGGUAUUUUAUUUUAAAUCCUGUAGUAAUUGGGGAAAUGAGAUUAUUAUUUUAUACAUGAGUUCAUUAAGAUCAGAAAUACAAAAUGUCUUGUAUUUUGCAGUUUUGUUAAGUCUUCCAUUCAUUUUAGGAUUAGUCUGCAAGUCAAAGAAAGUCUUGUUACCUUAAAUUAUAUGAAAACUGUCAUUUUAAAUCUUUUAAAAUUUACAGUUUUCAAAAAACUUAUUUGGAAAUUGCUUUGAAACAAACAAGCUAACCUUUGAAACUUAGGAAAAAAUCUUGAAAGUUCGGGAAAAUAUUUGUUUGAGAAAUAUGACAGCACAACCUGUGUGUUACACACAUUUAGGUUUUAUACUGCAUAUGUGGUAAAUGUGCCACAUUUUCCAGUAAAAUGUAUCAGAAAUCAAGCCUUCUGAAUUUCAAAAUGAUUCUUAGAAAUAAGAUAUUGUACAACUCUAGCAAACAUACAAACUACAGCUAAAUCUUAAUAUGUUUCACUAUGUAAAAGGCUGAAACUUCAUAAUUAUCUUUUCCUUGUAUCUUUUUUUGAGUCAAAAAGUCUAUUAAAUUUUUCUGUUGUUCUAACUUUGGUGAAAAAGGUUAAGGCAAUACUUUCUUAACUUUGUUUUGUUAGAUUGUUUUUGUUCUUGCAAUGGCUCACAAGCACUUAAAAGAAUUUAAAAGGCAGAUUUUCGUUAACUACAAAUGGCUGAAAAAACUGAAUUUACUAUCUAGCUACAGAAAUUAUUUUUCUAUGCUGUGAAACUCAGUUCCCAGACAUCCCUAAGAACUUUUACAAAUUAUUAUAAAUUUGUCACACCUAGGUCAGUGAUUAAAAUAGUGUUUUGCAAAUAGAAUUUUAAUUAACUCAAAACGAAUUGAGUGCAUUUUUAAAAAUCACAAGUGAGACUUUGAUGUUUUGGCCCUCCAGCCAAAACUUAAUGGCCAUAAAUGAAUUUUAUUUACAAAAUCUCUUUAAAUUUGGCUAGUUGCCUUGUCAUAUUAAUUUCACUAUUUUCCAAGGAAAUAUAUAGGAAGCAAUUAUGAAACAGAAUAGUUUUAUAUAGAAUUCUUUUAUUUACUGAUAAUGCAUUAACAUUUUUAUUGAAAUGCAAUGGAAUAUGUGCCAAAAUAUGUGAAAAGCUUACAUAAAGAAAGGCAUCAAUUGUCGUUUGGAGAAAGGUACACAUUUUUUUGAUGGUCCUAAGUUAUAUAGUAUUACUACUAGAAUCACAGAUUUCUUCAACUGACUUAUUUUGGUAUAUUAUUCAACUACAGCUUUCUAAGGAUAGGACUACUUUCAUGUCUAGUAAUACACUGUAUUCCCCAUUAAUUACCCCUUAAGUCAGGUUGUAGAAUUUGCAAGAAACUAGGUAUAGAAAAAAUGUGCAGGCAACUUUUGUGGUUAGCUUUAUAAAUUUAGGGUGCUUAUAAAAUGAAUUCUUUAUAUAAAUAACCUAUAGGAAUCAUCUGAAUCUGUAAAAUCAGAGACUAAAACUAAAAGUUUUCUUUAAUCUGUUGUUUCUUAAGCAAUAAACUGAAAGACCUUUACUUCCAUAAAAGAUUUUGUUAUCUCUUUUAUCUGCCUUAGAAAUUAUAAAUAUAAAAGGGUCAAGGGAACUUAGAUAUAAAGAAUGACUGUGGUUUAUAAACAUUACUUUAAUUGAAGUAAUCACAUCAGUUAAUAGAGAAAUCAAAAUAUGUAUGGCCUUUUCUCUAGAUUAGCAAAACACCUUUACAAAGUUUGAAAAAAUAAACUAAAAUGCUCAUUGAUGAGGUAAUACUCAGUUGGAGUACAGGUAACUUGGGUAAUGCCUUUUAACUACUCUUAGAGAAGUAUAUUAUUUCUUUAUACAUUAAACAUCUAUCCCAUACUAAUGUGCCACAUUUUAUAAAUGUAAUGAUUUUGCUCAACUACAUUACACACUCAAAUGUAAUCUAAAUUUAAACUGAUUCUUUAAGAAAAAAAGUGUGUUAUAUAAUAUUGUGAACUGUUUAGCUUUACUGAAAUAUUUAAGAGAAAGUGCCUCAUUGCUAAAGUGCAUUUCUGUUUUAAAUUUACUGCAUAAAGUUUGAGUUAUCUGUACCUGUCUCUUAUGAAUGGUUUCAUAUCUAAAUAGGCUCUUGUAAGUUAAUUUUUUGGAAGAUUUUCAUAAGAAUAUAGAUAUCACCAAAGACAUUUUACAGUAAAUUAAUAACCAUGUUGGAGAGACGGUUUUAACAGUUUGGAGGUUGGAAAUUUUUAGAUUGCAAUUUAAUUUUAUAUAGUUAGGCAAUAACCUUGAUUAAUUGCUAAAAUAUCACCAAAGAAAGGCUUUAAACUGAAUUUUCUUGGUGAGAUCAGUCAUAUGCAGGCUUUUCUUGCAAUAAUCAGGACACACUUCCUUUCAAAUAUGUUUAUUGUUUUUCAGCGUCAUCUAACAGAUCUUAGGAAAUCCUCAAAGGUGAGAAAGAGAUAAACACAACAAAUAGCCUUCCUUUGCAUGAAAAGUGAGAGAAAUACAUACUUUGAAAAGAAAGUUGAGAUUUUUAAUUUGAGAGGCUUUUUAUUUCAUGGAGGCAGUGUAAACUAAAAUUAAGCUUCGAUUUAGCUCCUGUAUUCUUCGUAAUAUGAGAAAUUUUAUUAAAGGCAGACUUUGGUAAAAGUGCCAACUCCCUUACUUAUAUAGAAAAGAGUUCAUUCUAUGGAAUUUAUAUAAGUAAGGGCUUUCUCUGUAUUCAAAAUAUUUCAUAAGAGCCUGUGGUUUUUUCCCCUUAAAAAGCAACUCUAGACCGGGCACAGUGGCUCACGCCUGUAAUCCCAGCACUUUGGGAGGCCGCGGCAGGUGGAUCACUUGAGGUCAGGAGUUCAAGACCAGCCUGGUCAACAUGGUGAAACCCCGUCUCUACUAAAAAUACAAAAAUUAGCCAGGUGUGGUGGCACACGCCUGUAAUCCCAGCUACAUGGGAGGCUGAGGCAGGAGAAUCUCUUGAACCCAGGAGGUGGAGGUUGCAGUGAGCCGAGAUUACACCACUGCACUCCAGCCUGGGUGACAGAGCGAGUCUCCAUCUCCAAAAAAAUGCAACUCUUUGUCUUAUUCCUCAGCACUUAGUUUAUUAUUAUUAGAAUUUAGCCAUACAGCCAGCUUUGACAAAAUGGGUCACAGAACAAGCAUGUACAUCAAGAGGAAGUUCCAUAUCCCCCUUGUACCAUUUUCCUUGGGAAUUCAUGCUAUGGGCUACCUUAAAGGUAAAACUCAUGAAGCCUUUCUGAUAGGUCACUAGGUAAAUCUCCUUGGAGAGGGUAAAAAUGGAUGCACACUCUAUUACAUAUUCUGAUUUAUCAUAAGGAAUUUUCCAGAAAGCUAAGCUUUAUACUAGUAAGAUAUUGGUUGGUAGUAGGAGCUUCAAAAAUGAAUGAGUUUGCCAUAACUUUAAUUUUCUGGAUUAGAAACAUGAAAACUUGAAAUGCAAUUAUCAAUAUUUUGUAAUAUAUAUUCCUACAGUUUGGGUAAAAAUAAGGAACAUGUCUGCUAGAUCUGGUUUAUGAAAAAGUGAAAAAUAUUAAAUACACCAGAGACUCAUACCCUUUCAAGGCACACAAUAACUGUUUCUGGAUUUACUUGACAAACCUAGUUGAGUAGCAUUUUGAUGGAAAACAUCAGACUGAAAGUUAAUUCAGAUAUACUUAAAUGUACAAUACAAUUUUCAAUAGUUUUUAUUGCAGUGAUGUUUUUCCAAUAAUUUAAGUAAUUCUCUUCCUAGUGUAAUACAGUUUUCAUAAAUAAUGUUUACUUGCUUUCCUUAUAUUUUCGAAUAGAAUUAAAAUGCUUGAGCACUUCCUUUCAGAAAGUUAUAAAAUUAAAAAUAAUUAUUUUAAAUGCUCAUUCAAAUGUGUCUGUAUACUCGUUAUGCCCCUUUUUCUAUAGUUCCAAACUGAGACUGAUUUUUCAGAGAUUUUUAAUUUUUAUAAUUUUAAAUCUAGAAUCAAGUGAAACAGAUAUGUUAAAUACUGAGUCUAGUUUUCUUCCAUCUAUGGAGCUUCAUGGAAUAAGAAACUAAUCUAGUGUAAAUGAAGAUUAAAUAUUUCUGGGUGAUGGAGAGAUAGUCAACAAAUUUAUUUAUCCAUCCUCUGCACAUCAGUCCACUGGAGCAGGAGUUCUACACAUUAAAAAUGUAAUGGGAUCAGCCUAGCAUUGUUUGGGGUCGGUUUUCUUUUGUUGUAUUUUUUAGAAUGGGGGUGGGGGCCUAAGUGUCCUUAUGAAGCUGUGGUCCGCGACAGGAGCUUGUUGGGGGAGUACCAGGGUUCUGCUGCUUUCCUGCAUCUGAGCAACACAACAGAGAUCAUCAGUUUUAAAUAGAGUAGCCCUCACAAUCAAAAUAUCAUAGGAUAUAUUGUAAAGUUAUGUUGCUAAUUUUCCUUUGAAAUAUAAAAUAUUUUAAGCUUUUUGUCAAAAGUGGUAACAUCUUAAUACAAAUAAAAACCUUUUUGUGGUUGUAAGAUUUAGCUUAUAAAUCAUUCAAAUUGAAGUGAAAGAAUUACCAGGUCAUUGUUAAUGACUUAGUCUAUUAAGAAUAUAUGUAUUUUUGUAAAGGAAAAGCACUUGUAGAUAUUUAAUCAGUACAAGAUAUGUCUUUUGCAGAAAUAAAAUGCUGCUUAGAGAUUCUCUUUAAAUAUUUUUUAUUUUUGUGCUCAAAUGUAUUUUCUGUUGAUCUAUGGAAUGUUCUGUACAAAGCUGUAUGAUUGUACUGUUGGGCUAGAUACUUUUUUUUUUUUUAAUCUGGACUUAGCCAAGUAUAUUUCACCAUGUUAAAAUAUAGUAUCUUUGUUAUUAAAAAUUAAAUUGCAUAAUUUAUUGUUGUUUGUCAUCUUUAAUAUUAGUCGCUGUAGCUUGCAGCCUUCAUUAAAAAUAUCUCCUUUAA